CAGAGGGAAGAUUGGGUCUGUGAGAACCUUAUGGUUAUUUCCGACAUUCCAACUCACACAAUUCCUUUGACAAGAGAAUCCUUGUUGCUACGAGGCUGAGAAGUACAGCGCGCUCUCGUGGUCGUCAUGUUGCGUCCCCCCACCCUCUCUUUGCCUGUUCGUACGAAAACCGUGUAGCCUACACAUCGAAGUCAUACGAAACACAUCAAGUACAAAAAACAUCGUUCAAUCUGCGUGCACAAGCCUCGCCACAGUAAUUUGUAUUAUUUGCAUUCGCCGACAAUGAGACUUCUUCGCGUGCCUCUCAACUUUCUCUUCCCACACAUGAGCGUGCCUGGCCGGAACCCCGUUGCCAUCUCGCCGCCCUCUGUCAAGCGCGCGCACGCUUACCCGCAAAGCCUGCGAUAGGGAAGGGAGCAGAGUUGGGAGGCAAAACACUGAAAAACCACAAGGAACCAGCAUUGAGAAGGGACUCAAGAUAAAGAAACGACGAGAGGCAGUACACGAUACGAACAAUCUGGAAUAUGUUCGCAGUGUUUUGGUUACACUACUUGUAAGACGGCAACGGGAGAAACAAGAUGAACAUUCAUUGGCAGCGCAUGUUUCUCUCUGGCUACCUCUUGGACGAUGUUUCGAGCGCAGUGGAGGCAGUGUGAACGUUGAACGGGCGUCGCGAGAACAUUUCUCCCAUUCUCUGCGCUGCGAAAACAGUCGCGUGCAAGCGAGGGCUAACGGCUGCGGAGUUUGCAAUCAUUAAACAAAAGGGAAAAGCUCUGAACUACGCCGAAAACAGUGCCAUACCCAGCACAGAAGGCUGUACGAAACCACACUUUGCUGCGUGGCUGAAGCGAGCAGGAAUCUCCACCGCUGGAGCCCGGUGUACUGUAGGCUACAAGUAAAUUGUGGAAAGCGGUUGCAAAUUCAGAUGUUCUGCGAUGUUUCUGUUUUGAAUGCUGAAGUUUUAUUGUACACAAAAGCACUCGUUGGCUCCCAGAAGAGGAAUUUAUCAGGCUAAUUUGGGGGAAGUGUGCCUUUUCCCACUUCAGGAUUAAAACGCUGAGAAGGUGCUGAUAAACAAAAAUGCAUACGGAUUUAUAUUGUCGUGAGAACCGCUGAGGAUGAAGAAAAGAAAAACGCAUUUGGGCUUUCUUUAAAUCUGUUGACGAAAAAUAGGUAAACCAACGGGAUUCUAAAACACUUUUUUCCGAGGGAGUGUCAUUCUGUCUCUAGACUGUUGUCAAUGAUCUGGUCAAAGAAACUUAACCCUUUAUCUGCCUAUUAUACCAUGUAAAUAAUUAUUUGAAUUUGCUGAAAGAAUAUAGUUUCUGGAGUGGUCAUUACCUUGGUUUCAACACAUCAAAUGUAACGUAGAGUGAGUGGAUCAAAACACCCACAUACUCUGUGUUAUAUAUCGUGAUAACUGUAAAAUAAUUGUAUAGCACAGAAACAACUUUAAAAACAAGUUUAUUGUCAAUUGCAUUCCGUUUUACGAAGGAGUCAGAAAGGAUUACGCCUGUCUCGCUCGCGUGCCAGUAGGAAUCGCGGAGUUUCCCCCUCUCGGGGCAGCGAGUGAACCCGGACCCUCCUGAACGCCCGCUCGCCGGUUUUAAGUGUUGGUGCAAAAAAAAAGUCUGUUUUUCCACGACCGAAAUGGAGGAAUGGAGACAAUGCGGACGGUGGCUAAUCGACUGCAAAGUCUUGCCCCCGAACCACCGGGUCGUGUGGCCGUCGGCAGCCGUGUUCGACCUGGCCCAGGCUCUCCGUGACGGCGUGCUCUUGUGUCAAAUGCUGCACAACCUUUCGCCCGGAUCUGUGGACCUAAAGGAGAUCAACUUCAGACCACAGAUGUCUCAGUUCCUGUGUCUGAAGAACAUCCGGACCUUCCUCAAGGUGUGCCACGACAAGUUUGGCCUGCGCAGCAGCGAGCUCUUCGACCCCUUCGACCUCUUUGACGUGCGAGACUUCGGGAAGGUCAUUUCCACCCUGUCCCGAAUCUCCCACCACAGCUUCGCACAGAACAAGGGCAUCAGGCCGUUCCCGUCGGAGGACACGGCGGUGAACGAGGACGACGUGUACCGGAGCCUGGAGGAGCUAGCGGAUGAGCAUGAUGUGGGAGAAGAUGACAUCUACGACUGCGUGCCGUGCGAGGACGACGGCGAUGACAUCUACGAGGACAUCAUCAAGGUGGAGGUUCGACAGCCAAUGAUCAGGUACAUGCAGAAAAUGGGGAUGACUGAGGACGACAAACGGAACUGCUGCCUGGUGGAGAUCCACGAGACCGAGGCCAAGUACUACAAGACCCUGGAGGACAUCGAGAAGAAUUAUAUGAUUCCACUGAAGCAAGUCCUCAGUCCCCAAGACAUGGAAGCCAUUUUUGUUAAUCUGGAGGACGUGAUUAAAGUCCACUUCUCCCUGCUGAGGGCCAUUGACAUGAACAUGGUGGGCGGCGGCGGUGGUCUGGGAAAGAUCUUCCUGGAUUUCAAGGAAAGGUUGCUGAUAUACGGCCAGUACUGCAGCCAGAUGGAGAACGCCCAGAAGACUCUGGACGAGCUCAUCGCCGCACGCGACGACAUCAGGAUGAAAGUGGAGGAGUGCACUAUGAAGGUUCAAGAAGGGAAAUUUAAACUCCAGGACUUGCUGGUGGUUCCCAUGCAGAGAGUCCUGAAGUACCAUCUCCUACUAAAGGAGCUGCUGAGUCACUCCACUGACCGGCCUGAGAGAGAGCAGCUAAAGGAGGCGCUGGAGGCCAUGCAGGAUUUGGCCAUGUAUAUAAACGAGGUAAAAAGGGACAACGAGACCUUGAAAAAAAUCAGCGAAUUUCAGAGUUCGAUAGAAAACCUUCAGGUGAAUCUGGAGGAGUACGGGAGGCCAAAGAUAGACGGCGAGCUGAAGGUCUCCUCCAUCGUCAACCGCACCAAACAGGACAGGUACAUAUUCCUGUUCGACAAAGUGGUGAUCGUCUGUAAGCGCAAGGGCUACAGCUACGAGCUGAAGGAGAUCAUCGAGCUGCAGUCCUACAAGAUGUCCGACGACCCCAUGAACAACCGGGACAUGAAGAAGUCCAGUGGAAAAAUGUGGUCCUAUGGGUUCUACCUGAUCCACCUGCAGGGGAAACAGGGCUUCCAGUUCUUCUGUAAAACUGAGGACAUGAAGAGGAAGUGGAUGGAGCAGUUUGAGAUGGCCAUGUCCAACAUAAAGCCAGAGAGAGCCACAGCAAACCAGCACAACUUUCAGAUGCACACGUUUGAGAAGAACACCAACUGCCGAGCCUGUAAAAUGCUACUGAGGGGGAUAUUCUACCAGGGGUAUUACUGCUCCCGCUGUGGGACGGGAGCUCAUAAGGAGUGCCUGGAGGUCAUUACCAUCUGCAAAAUAAAUCCACACGACUUGGAGCCCGGCCCCACUGCAUCAGGUCCGAAGAUGGUGGCGGUGCGUAAUUACCACGGGACCCCCUCCCCCCCCGGGAAACCACCGCUCUCCUUCCAGACCGGUGAUGUCAUCGAGCUGCUGAAGGGAGAUCCCGACACCUCCUGGUGGGAGGGCCGGCUCAUUCAGACCCAGAAGACGGGCUUCUUCCCAAACUCCUGCGUGAAGCCCUGUCUCGAUCCCAAGCCAUUCCAGUCCUUCCCCAGUCGACAGUCGUCCAGAGAAACGGAUUAUUACGUGUACCCCUGGUUUGCUGGGAACAUGGAGCGGCAGCAGGCCGACAACCUGCUCAAGUCCCACAGCAGCGGGACCUACCUGAUCCGCGAGCGAACUGCCGAGGCCGAGAGAUUCGCCAUCAGCAUCAAGUUCAACGAUGAGGUGAAGCACAUUAAAGUUGUGGAGAAGGACAACUGGAUCCACAUCACAGAAGCAAAGAAGUUUGAGAGUCUCCUGGAGCUGGUGGAGUACUACCAGGCGCACUCCCUGAAGGAGAGCUUCAAGCUCUUGGACACCACGCUGCGGUACCCCUACAAAUCGCGAGAGCGCUCCACGUCCCGCGCCAGCACCCGCUCCCCAGCAGCCCCCUGUGCUUCCUACAACUUCUCUUUCCUCAGUCCUCAGGGCCUCAACUUCUCCUCUCAGACCUCCGCCCCCUUCUGGUCAGUGUUCACGCCCAGGGUGGUCAGCACGGCGGUGGCCAGGUACAACUUCGCCGCCCGCGACAUGAGAGAGCUGUCCCUGAGGGAGGGGGACAUCGUGAAGAUCUACAGCAAGAUCGGGGGGGACCAGGGCUGGUGGAAGGGGGAGGCAAACGGCAGGAUUGGUUGGUUUCCCUCGACAUACGUCGACGAGGAAGGAGUGCAGUGAUUGGACGAGAGGCUCUGACGUCAUCCUUCCUCCUCCACUCAGAAGACUCCCGUUCGCAGCCCUCUGAGAGGACUCCUGGGUUUCCAUGGAAACUGCCUGUGAAAUAUUUUGCUGGACCCUGGCCUCAGCUGGUUUUACAGUGAACGUGUACUGAUGUUUUCUUUGGUCGUGUCAUGAAUCUGCUUGGUUUUUUUUUUUUUUUUUUAAUCAUAAAAAAAACGUCCAGACGAACUCCGCGAAGAUAGAAAUGGACUCUGAAGUUGCUGACCCUAACUGAAUCGGGCGUGUUUAUUAUGCAGACUGCUGAAGUGCAGCAGCUCAGAGAGUAAACUCGCAGUGUGGUGACGCAGGAGGCUGGCUUCGCUGUCGUAAAGUAAUACUCUCCUGCACUAAUGCAGGGCGGUGAGAAGGGAGUAAUGUAAUGUACAAAUAAUUUAUUUUAAGAGAUGGACCGAUAUUAAUGAAUAUAGGGAAAAUCUGUACUUUUCAGCAAAAGCGGCAUCGAAAAGAGGAAGGAGAGAGAAGACGGCGAGCGUCUUCGCUGGGAGAAUUUGCCUUAGUUGUCAUGGCAAUGCCUUUGCGGGUAGACGGGGGUGGGGGUGGGGAGAAGGACGGAAAGCGCUUGGCACAGGAAGUCACUCUGUCCGUACAGGAAGUUACUCCGUCCGUGCACGCUGUGCCUUGCAGACAUCAUCCCUGAGCUCUGACUGUGGUCACAGUCGCUGGUCACCACGUGACAUAAAGAUCAUGAGCUUGGCGGCCAUUUCAGGAACCAGGCGGCACAGAGGUACGAGAUCUGUGGCCAUGGCAACGGAGCGGUCAGGAGAAGAGGCUGCAGCCAAUGCGUUCCACCUUUGUCAGUCAUCUGCCCUUCAUUAGUCUGUCCGUCCAUUUGUCCAAACACCUGUCACACAGAGAGAGGCCCUAUCCUACAGAGAGAGGCCCCAUUUUGCAGAGAAAGGCCCUGUCCUACAGAGAGAGGCCCCAUCUUACAGAGAGAGGCCCUAUCCUACAGAGAGAGGCCCUAUUCUUCAGAGAGAGGCCCUAUCCUACAGAGAGAGGCCCCAUCUUACAGAGGGAGGCCCUAUACUACAGAGGGAAGCCCCAACCGACAGAUAGAGGCCCUAUCCUACUGGUUUGGAUGAAGAACAGCCCUCUCCCACAAACACACAUGCACAUGCACACACACAUAUAUGCAUAUAUGCAUAGACACAAUGUGCACACACACACGCAUACACAGACACACAUGCACACACACAAGGUGCACACACACACACACACUCACACAUGCACAGGGAGAAAGCAUGUAAAUACAUGCAAAGAGGAAAAUGCUUGGUUAAUUAAUAUUUAUUAAUAAGUAUUAAUAGUGCAAGGAGUCACUGUGCUCACUGGACCAUAACUAAUGCAGCUAAAACUCGGCAGGAAACUUCAAAGUUCAGCCCCUUACACUACUUACAGGUGUGUACUUGCCAGACUCCCCCAAACACCUUACAAGUGUGUACUGGCCAGACUCCCUCCUUACAGUUGUGCACUGGCCAGACCCCCCCCCCCCCCCUUACAGGUGUGUACUGGCCAGACACCCCCUCCCCUCUUCUGCAGCUGAAUUGAAAUGAGACACGUUUCACUGGACUGAGUGGUUGCAGCAUUAAUGACUACAUACGGGGGUGGAAGUGGAACAGUGUGAAGGGAGGCUGAUGCUCUGUGUAAAAGGGUAAUUAUUUAUCUUUGCGCUGCGUCACAGCACUUUAAAACCAUGGGUACUUGUGUCAUAUGGGAUUCAAAAGGGAAAUUUCAGCGCCCUCUAGAACACGCUGAUGGAAAUCUAUUGGAUAUGUUCAUUAUGUUUGCACACAUCAGAUUUUACCUGAACCCGAACCCUCUUUACAGAUGGAACAAUAUAGCCAUUUCAUUAAAAAAACCCUCCAAGUUCAACAUGUGUCUUGUUACAGUUUUUACUUCGGAUACUUUAUCAGCGGUCCCUGGUCCCCUUUUUAAUUUUUUAAAGGUGAAACUCACUUCUCGAACCUCUGGUGCUCUGAAUUUUUUAAUUUUUUUGCUGAUGUUUAAAUAAUGAACAACAUCUGUCUUUCUGGUACCAUGGCAACUGGUUUGGUGGAAGCUGGGCUAAAUGCAUUAAUGGUGUAUGUUUAAAGUUUAAGAAUAACCGUAUUCAGGGACAAGCAGAACGCAAGAAAUAUGAAACAUGAGCCACAGUCUGGCAUCUGCUAAGGCUCUGUUCCAGUGUGUGGAUGGGACCCACAGUCUGGUAUCUGUUAAGGCACUGUUCCAGUGUGUGGAUGGGACCCACAGACUUGUAUCAGUUAAGGCACUGUUCCAGUGUGUGGAUGGGACCCACAGUCUGGCAUCUGCUCAGGCUCUGUUCCAGUGUGUGGAUGGGACCCACAGACUUGUAUCUGUUAAGGCACUGUUCCAGUGUGUGGAUGGGCCCCAUGGUCUGGUAUCUGUUAAGGCACUGUUCCAGUGUGUGGAUGGGACCCACAGUCUGGCAUCUGCUAAGGCACUGUUCCAGUGUGUGGAUGGACCCCAUGGUCUGGUAUCUGUUAAGGCACUGUUCCAGUGUGUGGAUGGGACCCACAGACUUGUAUCAGUUAAGGCACUGUUCCAGUGUGUGGAUGUGACCCACAGUCUGGCAUCUGCUAAGGCACUGUUCCAGUGUGUGGAUGGACCCCAUGGUCUGGUAUCUGUUAAGGCACUGUUCCAGUGUGUGGAUGGGACCCACAGACUUGUAUCAGUUAAGGCACUGUUCCUGUGUGUGGAUGUGACCCACAGUCUGGCAUCUGCUAAGGCACUGUUCCAGUGUGUGGAUGGACCCCAUGGUCUGGUAUCUGUUAAGGCACUGUUCCAGUGUGUGGAUGGGACCCACAGACUUGUAUCAGUUAAGGCACUGUUCCAGUGUGUGGAUGGGACCCACAGACUUGUAUCUGCUAAGGCACUGUUCCAGUGUGUGGAUGUGACCCACAGUCUGGCAUCUGCCCAGGCUCUGUUCCAGUGUGUGGAUGGGACCCACAGACUUGUGUCUGUUAAAGCACUGUUCCAGUGUGUGGAUGGGACCCACAGACUUGUGUCUGUUAAAGCACUGUUCCAGUGUGUGGAUGGGCUCCACAGACUUGUGUCUGUUAAAGCACUGUUCCAGUGUGUGGAUGGGACCCACAGACUUGUGUCUGUUAAGGCACUGUUCCAGUGUGUGGAUGGGCUCCACAGACUUGUGUCUGUUAAAGCACUGUUCCAGUGUGUGGAUGGGCUCCACAGACUGGUAUCUGCUAAGGCUCUGUUCCAGUGUGUGGAUGGGACCCACAGACUUGUGUCUAUUAAAGCACUGUUCCAGUGUGUGGAUGGGCUCCACAGACUGGUAUCUGCUAAGGCUCUGUUCCAGUCAGGCACCCGCAAGCCCACCUGUGUGGCACAUUAAGAAUCUUCCUCCAACUGCUGUCUAUGUGAGGCAGUCUCACAAACUACCGUGUAAUAAGAAACGGCAGCUGUGCUUCGGAAGAGAGCACAUGCUUGUCUGCGUUCUCCUGAUUGGAUAGUGCCGCAGUGAGCGCAGAUAUAACAUGAUUGCGCAUUCCAAACUUGGGAGAAACUGGAGCCAAAAUCAUUUUUAAAAACAGGAGAAACACAACGGCAAAAUUUUCAGACAGCGCGACUCGUCAGCACUUGUACAAGUCAGAUCAUUCGGAAAAACACAAGGGAGCAAUUGCAGCCAAGUUUGAACAUUGGGGUAAAACCUGUAGGCAACAGAACUGGUUAUAACUGCAGCAGCUGCUUCUAAUCUGACAGCUUCCUUAUUUAUCAUGCAGUUCUGUAGUCUACAACUAUCAACCUGAUGUUUAAAGUCCUACCAAGUUGGCUGCAGUUGCCCCAAGGGUGUUAGAAUCUCUAGAAUUCCAGUUCCUUGCUUGGUUAUAUUUCCCCCAGAUAAUGUGCCCCUCCUCCUGAAAGGAACACAUCAGAGAAUUGGUGUUUACUCCAGGACUGGAGACUCACGGUCCUCAGGGUUUUAGGGAUAUUUUAGCCUGAGUGAUACCUGGAAAACCAGGUGAUAUAGGGUUCAGCAUCCAUUUCAUCCUGUGAUUCUCCAGUGGACACAGCCGACAGAUGGAAUAAUAGGAGGGGAAAGGCAUAAGAUUCAGAUGAAGCAGGAUCUUUGUCUAUAAUACUUGUAUCUCCCAGCUGCAGAACACACUUGUGUGAGAAUGCGAGUGAAUGAGUAUUCUGCGCCUGCAGUCUAAGAUUACUGGGCGGGGCCUGGGGACACCGUCACACUGCUAGGGGACAGGCCAGAUGAAGAUACAGGACCGGCCUCACCACAGGCAGAAACUGGAACCGGGUAAUCUGCAGGUGGCGCGGCGUGGUGGGGAAACGGCAGAAAGUCCACAGCGAGCGUUCGGCAAAUGGGGAGUUCCACCGCUGUUUGUGCUACAAAGGAAACUCGCUGCAUGCAGUUACAGAAGUCUCAUUUCCUGUCUGUAAAUCCUCUGAACAGAGAAACCCUAAUCAUGUGCCUUUAAAAAAAAAAAAAAGGUCAAUUAUUUCCAAAUAAGAUCUAUCUUAAAAUAAAAUUUCUCUUUUUUUUCCCUAACCGGGGUUCGGUUGUGUAGUUGCUGAGUCCUUCUGGUAGAGACCCUGGAGCCCGUGCCGCAGAUGCUAAGUCAUUACAACCGUAUCAGGGCUGUAUCGCCUACGCACAGGAAAAUCUCCCAUAUGAGAAAGAGAAUGGACCAAUUAGAACAUCUCAAGAGCAACUGAUGAAUGAAAAUAGUUCCCAGGCUCAAAGAAUAGCACCAGUUUGUGGGACAAAAUUGUUGAGCUAAGACAAGAGAAUUUCUUUAUUUUUUAAUUUGGCAAAAUGUACAAAUUCAAGGUUUAUCUUUUUGGACAUGUCGGGGCAAGCCAAUUUAUUCAGCCAACUCCGGAUGGAGCGCCCAUUUCAGUUACACAGGUGGGAAUCUCAGGUCAAAAUAUGGACAUUUCUGUUGCACAUCCUGUCCCGUGUCCACGGGGGUAUUUCACAAAGCAGGAUUACGGAGUUAGCUGGAUAACUGUGCUGAGCAAAACCCAGAACCCUCCAAAAUCUGGAGCAAGUAAAAAUAGCUGUUCCAGAUUUUAGUCAGCGCAGUUAUUCAGGUAAUUUAGUAAUCCUGUUUCGUGAAAUACCCCCCAGAUGUACAAUUUAGUGAAAGAAAGGGGACACACAAAUAACCUGCCAAAGGGUUCAAUCUUUAUUUGCAAUACAAUCAAAGGAAACUGCUUAAAGGCAUGUCGAGCCAACACUCAACUUCGAGCCCCAGAAAAUGCAAAAAGGAGCAAAAAGGUUGUGAUUAAGCAUGACUAAAGCAGAUGAUGAAUUCUCUCAAUGAAAUGUUAACUCCAUCAGCUCUAGAUAAAAUCCAGCAAUUUAAUAAAAAACAAAAAAUAAACAUGCUAACCCAAAACCAAAAAAAAAAACAACAACCCCACAGCACUUUGGGAUUAAGUUUUUAUACAUUAUUCACUCGCUUGCUGUGUGCAAUCA